AAGCGGUUGUCUUCUGGACUGACAGAGAAGAAUGGAUGCUGCCAAAGUAGCCGAACUCAAUGAGUUCAUUACUAAACUCAAGUUAAACCCGUCAAUCCUUCACAACACUUCUCUUGCUUUCUUCAAGUCCUAUCUCCAAAGGUAUCUUCUUCCUUCUUCUUCUUCUUCUUCUUUGUUUGCAGCUUAGGUGCUCGAAUCCCAGGAGACCCAAAAAUGGAAACUAAAGAACAGUCUGAUGAUGACAUUGUUGAAUCUGAUAUUGAGUUGGAUGAUGCUGAUGUUGUGGAGCCUGAUAAUGAUCCUCCUCAACAGAUGGGAGAUCCAUCGGUUGAAGUUACAGAAGAGAUGCAGGAUGCUGCGCAGUUGGCGAAAUCGAGAGCUAUGGAUGCUGUUUCUGAAGGUAAGCUGGAUGAAGCCAUAGAUCAUAUAACAGAAGCCAUCAUGUUGAAUCCAACUUCAGCCAUAUUAAAAGCAUCCAGAGCAAGUAUCUUUGUCAAAUUGAACAAACCAAAUGCGGCAAUUCGUGAUGCUAAUGCAGCUAUAGAGAUCAAUCCGGACUCAGCAAAAGGAUAUAAAAUAAGAGGCACUGCAAAGGCUAUGCUGGGCCACUGGGAAGAAGCAGCAAGUGACCUGCAUUUAGCAUCCAAACUAGAUUAUGAUGAGGAAAUUGGAUCAGUGCUUAAAAAGGUUGAACCUAAUGCCCGAAAAAUUGAAGAGCAUCGCAAAAAAUAUCAACGGUUAUAUAAAGAAAGGGAGAUGAAAAUGGCCGAACGUGAGAGACAAAGGCAAGCUGAAGCUCGAGAACGGGAUGCGUUGUCCGCUCUUAAUGAUGGGCAAGUUAUCCGUAUACAUGCGGGCGGUGAACUUGAGGCAAAGUUGAAUGCUGCUUCAAGGACAUCGCGCCUAGCAGUCCUCUACUUCACUGCAACAUGGUGUGGUCCUUGCCGUAUGAUAUCUCCAAUAUAUACAAGCUUAGCUGAAAAGUACCCAAAAGUAGUUUUUACGAAAAUUGACAUAGAUGCAGCAAGAGAUGUGGCUGCCAGCUAUAAUAUCAGCAGCGUUCCUGCCUUUUUCUUUGUAAGAAAUGGCAAGGAGAUUGACAAGGUUGUGGGUGCUGAUAAGGCUGCGUUGGAAAAGAAGGUCGCACAAUAUGCAGGCUCAGCAUAAUUCAUCCUUGUAAAAAGAUCUAUACUGCUGUAUGGUGCAUUUUUAGUUACGGUUUGAUCUGAUCAAAAGAGAUGUUCCUCUUGUUGUUAUUCCUAGUAGAAUUACCAAAUAAACAUGUCUCCUUAAAAUCACUAAUCUGUACGUUUUACCGAAAAUAAAAUUCGGCUUCCUGGGCUACUUAGAUUU